AUGGGUCGGAGAAAGAUCAAGAUGGAGAUGGUUCAGGACAUGAACACACGACAGGUCACCUUUUCAAAACGGAGGACAGGUUUGUUCAAGAAGGCGAGCGAGUUAGCCACCCUCUGCAACGCCGAGUUAGGGAUUGUCGUCUUUUCACCGGGAGGCAAGCCUUACUCGUACGGGAAACCGAAUCUCGAGGCUGUCACAGAGCGAUUCAUGAGGGAGUGUGAUGAUGAUGAUGAAGACAGUAAUGGGGACGAAGAAGAAGGGAGGGUCAAUAAUAGACCAAAACAAGUGAAGAAGAUGAGCGAGCGUCUGGAUUGGCUAAACCAAAAGAUUGAAGCAGAGAAGCAAAGAGGUGAGAGGGGUCAGGAGAAGCUUGAAUCCGGUGGUGAUGUGAGAUACAACAAGCCCGUGGAGAUGCUUACCAUCGAUGAACUCAAGGAAUACAAAGACAUGUUGCAAGGAGUCCAUGGUAGGAUUCAAGGUCAAGCCAAACAGAUGCAGGCUUCGGCUUCUCUCAUGCUUCUCUACAAGAAGAAGGCUCCUGCUAAUGCUAAUGAAGAUUUAGAUUCCUAG